AUGGCGGCCGACGGCCGGCGGCGGCGUCUCCUAGCCGCAGAUUUCGCGAUGUCCUUCAUGUGGGUCUGGUCGAGCGUGAUCGUCAAGAUAUUCGUGCACAGAAUCUUGGGCUACAGCGCUCACGACGUCAAGGGCGAGGUGGUCAGAUACGCCGUCUCCCUCAUGAACAUGUUCUUCUUCGCAUUCGUGGGGAAGGCCACCAAGGGCGGGGCUUAUAACCCCCUCACCGUCUUGUCGGCCGCCGUGUCCGUCCCAAACCUCUUUCCCAGACGACGACGACGACCCAGCCAACGUACCCAUUGUGCUAUGGAACCCUACCAUCCAGAGAUGAAGGAGUGUAUGGACACCCUUUACACGUUCGAUGUGGCGGAGGAGGUUUUUGCUGAGGUGGGCUUACCUGAGGAGGUGAUGGCGCCUUUCAAAAAUGGGGAGUUGUUGAUGGACAAGUACCUCACUUACCCCACUACUGGCCCCGUCGAUCAAGGCCAUGGGCGUGCCUUAGCGGCAUAUGAUCCGAGGGAUGGGAAGUUAAUUAAGGACUUGGAGCCUUUGUCCCUCUCUCAACAACGAGCCUCUAGGAUUGUCCGUUCUAGGAAUCACCAACAGAGUCUCGUCCUCCUCGACCGAACGCUAAUUGGCGACCCACAAACUACUUAG